UCAGCAGUGACUGCUGCAGGAGUGGUGCGUCAGGUGAGUGGUGAGCACUUAUUUGACUAUCACUGUAUGAAAAAAUAGCACCACGGGAGACUUUCUAAGGAGUUAUUCGAAGGAGAUUUUGAAGGAGAGCUGUUUCAUUUCUAUAGAAUGGAUCUCUGGACUGUGUUUUUCUGCUUUCUGCUCGUCACUGUGCGCUCAGAAGUGCAGAAAGAUUUUUCACCUGAAUGCCGUGAAUUCAUGUAUAUGGGCACACCCCCGCGAGGUCUGGAGAACCGCUCACUGAAAAAGAUCUGCCAGCGUUAUAACGGCAAGCCCCGGUAUGUCACUCUGUAUGAUGUGGUGGAUCACAUCCCGGUGUAUUCUGCGUACACUUUCAAACGCUCCGACGGCGUCAAGAAGGUUGAUGUUCCUUGGAUGUUCGAGCCUCAGCUCUCCACAGAAUCAGACUCUGGUGAGAUGCAGCCAUUUCCUUCUAAUGAUGUCCACGAAAGUUUUGCAGAUGCCCAGGCCAUCUUGGAAGACUACUCAAACAUUGUUGAUUUCGAACGAGGCCAUCUGAACCCCGACGAGCACCAGGCUCACCCCGAUGACAAGGCAGCCACGUACACCCUCACCAAUGUGGUCCCACAGAUCCGCGAGUUCAACAUGGGCUACUGGAAACAACACGAGCACAUCAUCCGCCGUCGACUCAACAACUACUGCCGCGGUAAAGCCUACAUAGUCACGGGGGUCACCACAUCUGGUAGGAUGAUCCGUAGAAACAACAUAGACCGAGUGGCCGUUCCUACCUACCUGUGGUCAGCAUACUGCUGCGUAGAUUACGAUCACAAUGCCCCGUUCGACGAACGAUCCAAAUUCCCGGUCUUUGCAGCUCAUGGGCUCAAUGAGAAAGAAGGAGCAGAGGUCAUAGAGAUGUCUGUGCAGCAACUGGAAGAUUUUUUGAGGAAGAACACCUUUGUGGACAAGAGGUUUCAGAUUUUCUUUGGGAACUGUGAGCCUAAUGAUGCCAUAAUGUCAGUCCAGACUUAGAUGUAUUCAUCUUGUUUCUCUAAAAUUCAUAAACGAAUAUCUUUCACUGAUCAGAAUUGUGUUCUGUAGAAUGAAUAUUCUGGCAUACACUCUUUAUUUUAUAACCUAAUGACACAGAAAAGGCCAUUUUAGAUUCCACUGAAAACAUUGUUUAGUUCUUUACAAAACAAUUUUUGCAUCUACACUUCCGUUCAAAAAGUUUGGGGUCAGUGAGAUUUUUGAAAGAAGUCUAUCAUUUUUCACCAAGGCUGCAUUCAUUUGAUAAAAGAUAAAUCAGUAAUACAGUGAAAUAUUAUUACAACUGAAAAUAUCUGCUUUCUAUUUUAAUAUAUUAUAAAUCUGAAUUUGUCCUGUGAUAGCAGAGCUGAAUUUUCAUUAGCUGUCUUCAGUGUCACAUGAUCCUUGAGAAUAGGCUGAUUUGCCACUUAAGAAACAU